AUGAAGUACCUGAGUUUUCUGCUGUUCGCUCUCCGGCUGGCCGUGAACAUCAAGGCCCUCUGGCGGAACAUGAUGGUAGUUUGUUUGGAGGAUUUACCACUGACUGUGGGGAGUGCUGCGCGAGUGCUGGAGGCCGGUAUUUUCUUGGAACACCUCUGCAAGCUGCCCUGUGAGAUUCUGAGCUGUAUCUGUGGAAUUCACGCGAGCCCUUCCCAGUGUGUGGGCACAGUCAAGACAUUGGCAGGCUUCUCUGCUAUGCGAUUCGUCAGGUUUCUCAACAAGCGGCACAUCUUCGGGGCGCUCCGGAAAAUUGCCGCUGACCCCAACAUUCUCAAGGGCUGCUACUUGGUGAUUAUCGGCAUUCUUUACUCCCUGGUGCUUGCCGGCUUUGGCCUCUCUGUGCUAUUGACGAAGCUGCACGGCCUGGAUAUCCAAGCGAUGGAAUCCGCGGGCGUCGUUGGCCUGUUUCACACGGCCUGGGCGGCACUGCUCUCUGGUGGCCUCUCCGCGCUCAUGGCAACAAACCUCAUGGAGCUGGUGGAAUUUACGAAUCAGGUAGCCUCGGCAAUGAAUAUCAAAGAAGAAGAGAUGCACAGCCUGCUUUCAUUCCUCCUUGGCCGCAACCACCGACGCGCUCAAUCUUAUAUGGACGCCGUGAUGUUAAACUUCAUGAAGCUACCACGCUGGAGCAGCCGACUGGUUGCCAUGAUUACCUUUGAUGCAGAGGGCUUGCAGCGACUGGUGCGAGAAAGCCCUGCGCCCUGA